CAGGCCAGGCUUUGCCAGCUCUCGCUUGGCCCUCGGAACCAGCGUGUCUGUCCGCCAUGAGGAACACCAGCAAGGAGCUGCCAGGCUCGAACCGCUACGCUCCCUGCGACUGGUAUUACCACCUUCCUGUGAAGCGAUCUGAGAAAGCUGUGGAUGUUCCUCCAGUCUCCCAGAUCCCAGGUCUGAGCCAUCUGCGAGACAUACCUAAUGGGCACCCAUUUGGGACUCGGAGGUAUUGGGUCAAAGAAACAGAUUCAGAAUAUGUGAAAUUGGCAAAGCAAGGUGGUCGGCCUGACCUGUUGAGACACUUCUCUGCCUCUGGGUCAAGGAAGGGCUCUUCACUGGCCUACUCCCUACCAGACUGGUAUGUCCACCACAGCAAGCCACCUACAGCUGCCCAACGACAAAUUCCUGCUGUCUCUAUGCCAGAUUACAUGGUGUAUGAGGAGUUUAACCCUGAUAAGACCAAUGGUACUUAUGAGUCCAAAAGAGGUCCCUUCGAUUUUGACAUGAAGACGGUUUGGCAACGAGAUGCUGAUGAACUUGAGGAGAAAAAAAAGGUGAAGCUGCCAGCCAUUAACUCAAAGUAUUCAAGCAAAUUGGGGACCCCUCUAGGCCCCAGAGAUGCUGCAGGAAGACUUUCCUUCCCUCCCAUGCAUGGUCAAAAACACAGUUCACCUACAAACUUUUCCAAACUCAUUAGCAAUGGUUAUAAGGAUGAGUGGUUACAGCAGCGAUCUGAUUCAGAAAAGCGAACCCCACAGGCAUCCAGAGCUGCAGCAUCAUCAUCUCAGGCCACACAGGAUGCUGAGGAGAACCGUGACGAAGAACCAACCACGGAUUCAAAGGUUCCUGAAGGCUCUGAGAAGGACCAAGAGUCUUCUUCUCCAAGUCGAUCAGCUCCCUCAUCUGCAUCAACACCAGCAGAGCUCAAAUAAAUCCCAAUUAAAUCUGCAUUUAAGAUCAUUUUCUAAUGGCUAGAUUUGAUCUAGCUUUUUGCAGUUAUAUUUAUAAAAAUUAUAUUUUAAUGACACUGAUACUUAUGGAUUUAUCUUAUAGAAGAUUUUAUGAUACAAGUGAUAGGUUUUGAUUUCUUGCGUGUCUUUUUGUUUUGUUUUGCUUUUUGGGCUGCAACCCUGGCAGUACUUUGGGCUGACUCCUGGUGAUGCACUCAGGGAUCCCUCCUGGCAGGUACUGGGGGACCAUUUGGGUUGCCAG